AUGGCGGCGCUGUUUGUUACAGGCUUGCUGAUUGGUACAGGUGUACGGAAACCAGGUGUACUCAGUAGAAUGUCAGGGGUCAGUGCCAUUGCACUAGUACAGGGCGCAAGCCGCGGAAUCGGACUUCAGUUCUGCAAAACCUUGUUGCUGCGCAACUCUGCAACAACAGUGGUAGCAACAUGUCGAGACCCAAACUCAUCAAGUGAGCUGGCUCAACUGAAGGGCAACAAUGAUCGCCUCCAUAUUUGCAAGUUGGAUGUCACGAAGGAAAAUGAUAUUUCGGACGUUUCUAAAUAUGUAACAGAAAAGUUUGGUAAAUUAGAUUUGCUUAUCAACUGUGCAGGGAUGUUGCAUCCGAGCGGAAAAGGGGAGACAAGUCUUAAGAGUGUUGAUGGACAG